UUUCGUUUUUCUGCCACAGGGUGUCUUGGAUAAAAACAAUCUUCGUUGACAUUUCUGCUGUCAAAUCGCUUGAGCCACGCGUGUCCCAUUGUGCAAAGUCAGCGAUGCAAACAAAGCGAGAAAACGUUUCGGAAGUGUGCAAAACGCAGAAGAAAAAAACCACAGUAAAGUAAUAUCGAUGAUAGUACGCGCAGCGAGAAAGUUUACGAAAAUUCAUUCCCCGCACAUGGUUCUAUUGUAGCUUGGAAUUCCCAUUACGAUUCCAUCGGUCGGAUUGCGUUUCGUGAGCUGGCAUCGGAACCAUCGUAUCGAAAAGGUGGUGCAUCUAGCAAAACGUACGACGAUAUCAGUGGAGUGUUUUCCUUGUGAAACCGUUUUCCAAUCGAGCGAAACAAGAAAAAAUGAGAAAAUGUUUGACCGUCCGAGAUGUCGCGACUGGAGUCCACUAUCGACGCAGCAGCUACGGUUGCGCAGCCUAAUACAAAUAUCCGGACACAACAUCAUCGUACCGGAGCGUCAUCCUCCAACCCUAGCGCCAUCCUCCGCCCCAGUCGAUAGGGGUAGAUCAAAAUGUACCGUUUACUUUACGCUUCACCAGACGCCUCACUCCGCCCCAUUUUACACGAGUGAAAAGCUUGACCUACACCGGAACGUACUGUGGGCGGAAAUCGACUGUCCGGCUACGAUCAAAUCCUCCCUACGAAGUGUGUGUGUGCGCGUGUGGGAACACACCGGUCCGUCCGGUGUAUCCGUGAUCGACGCUGGCCGGUUGCUUUCCUCCGGAACGAAAGUGCCUCACGACAGUGAAGAAAAAGAGGAUGACGAUGAGGAGCAGCAGCAGCAGCAGCAGCAAGAGGAUCCUCAAACUAGCGAUAAACCAAACCAACCAACGACCAACACUGACCGGAUGCUGUUUGCAUGGGGUGUUUACUUUUCCGGACUGGUGCCGCUGGCACGGCGCAACGAAAAGCGUCUCCAGGCGAAUACGCUCGUGUUUCAACUGCACGGUGGUUAUUUCACUUCGGCCGCAUGCAUCCUCGAACCGGAGCAACGACGAUCGGCCGUUUCCGGGACGGUGAACGAAGGGACGAUACCAAAAACGGUGCCGUACGCCAGUGGUCCUGCUGCUGCUGGCCAACCGACCUAUUCACCCUCGGCAACGAUACCCAUUGUUGGUAGUGGUCGACGUGGUGCGACCGGUGGUGCUGGUGGCCGCACAAACACCGCCGACAACGUCUUACACUGUGAUACUAGCAAUAAUUCCUCUCCAUUGGCGUCUGGUGCUCCUCAGUUUUCCUAUCAGACGCCCUCGUCCGCGUCUCCGAACCAGUGGAACUUUGCGAACGGCGGUUUACUGCUCGGCGUCGAAGGCAGACUCGAUAAGCUGUCCGUGUCGCCGGUAGUUAGCAAUGGGGGAAGCAGCAUCGGGACGGGCCCGUUUCCGCACGCCCGCUCUGCCAGCCCGUCCACACCGAUCAGCUGGACGGAACCGACCGAGACGAGCUUAAAGUUGCGCUACCUCGUGAUGGAAUUUCUCCCGGCGGAAGUACGCCCCAGCUACGAUGUGGCGCGGUUGCUAGCGAUACAGGAGCGGCAGCGGCGCAUCCGUUAUGAGGCCGACAGUGCCAAAACGCUGACGGAGCGUAUCUGCAUGAAGAGUGCCUACUGUCUGAAUAUGGAGCUGUUUAGCAGCAAGCAUCCGGUGUACCGAACGGGGAUCAACCAGGGCCGGACGGGCGGGAUGGGCAAGCAGUUGAGUAAACUCCUCUACCAGGAGCGGGAACCGAUCGAUCCGGCGGUGCUACUGCGCGGUCAGGAACUGCGGCGACACAUCGAGCGGGCUCGGUUUCGCUGCCGGCUGUUGGCGCAGGAACGCGACCGGAUCGGCAUUGGGAUGCAGCAGUUGCGCAAUCGAUUAAAUGCGGCCUGUGAUAGUAAUAUUGAGCGGGAAUCGGCGCUAAUGGAGCGCUAUCGGACGUACGGCCGGGAGAAGGAACAGCUGUACCAACAGAAGAUGGCCUACGCCAGCCAGAAGGAUAGCGUGCGGGAAGUGUUCGGGAAGAUGCUGCUGGUGCGCCAUCGGUUGCUGAAGGGAUUGAAUGAAAUUUAUUAUAUCAAAACGACAAAUCAAGGUAUCUACACCAUCAACGAUGUACCUUUACCGAAUGCGGAAUCAUACUCCGACUCAACGCCGGCACUAGCGCUUAGCGUUGCCCUUGGUUUUGUCGCUCACGCUGUGAUGAUGUGUUCCUCAUUUUUAGAUAUUCCUCUACGAAAUACCAUCAAGUAUGACGGUUCCCGUUCGAAGAUAGUGGACCACAUUAAGCUACUACCGACGAUGGAUCGAGACUUCCCUUUGCAUUGCCGGUCGGGUCCGGCACCGAACGCGCUGCUGUACGGCGUGUACCUGUUGAAUCAGAACAUUUCCCAGCUAAAGCAUCAGCUUUCGCUGAGCCGUGGUGAUCCGCGGGCUACGCUUAUCAAUCUGCAAAAUAUUCUUACCAUCGCGGGUAUCGGUGGAGGCACAGCGCAAAACCGACCGCUGGAGGAAGCGUUCCAAAUGUUGCCCGCCUCCAUGUACGGAUCGUCAACGGUCGAUUUGAAAAUGUCACCCGGCUUUGUAGCGGUACCGGUUGGCGGGAGUAGCAGCGGUAGCAGUAGCAGUGGGUCAUUCCUGCGGGAAAGUCCUUCGAGCAGUAGCAGAAUUUCCCGUUCGGUGGAAUACUACACGGACCGGUUUCAGGACCGACGACAGCAAAUGCAAAAACAGUAUCAGCUCAAUCGGCAGCACCAUCCGUUGCAGCAGGCAACCCGUGCGAGCAGUAGUGGAAAUGCGGUUGAUCAGGAACACCAUCAUCCACCGAGGCGCGGAUGUGGCGAUAGUACCUUUGCUUCCGAUCCCAUCCUAGCUAAAAGCGUCCCAUUACAGCGGCCGUUCGAUUUCGAUGGUGGCAAAAAGUUCUAAUCCUAUUUGCGCUUUGUCGAAACAAAGGCGACAAACCGUACGAUCGUAGAUUGUUUUGAUAGGAAAAGUAUCAUAGUAACGAAUUUUCCCUCCUAAAGUGUUAAUUUAAAUUGUAACAAACGCGAAGAAUACUGUUAACUUUCUCACUCGUUUCGUUUCCGUUUUUGUUUGAGUUUUAGUUUAAUAUUUAUUGGAGUAUAACAUUUUCCGCUGAUAUUUUGGAGUUCAUCGCCGGAUAAACGGAAGCGGUACGAUGAAACAGCAAUAAGCAGAAAGCAACAAAAUGGUAGCGAAGAAUGCGCUAUAGUGUAAAGCGAAACAAUUGUAAACAAUAAACAGAAAAUAAACGAAUCAAGUUCAACUCAAA